GUUUGUCCCCUUCAGGUUCAUGAUUAAUGGAACCAUUCCUCAUGCAUGGCCAGUCAGUGUGCCACUGACUCUGUCUCUACUCUCCUUGCUUUGGUUGUGACAGUCCCUCUUUUUUUUCCUUUCUUUAUACCCUUACCCCCUCACAGUGCUCUCAUCACCCUGAGAUCAUCAUCCACCCUCUUUACACAUCUCAUAUCUCCAAACCUGGUGGCGUGCAGCAAACGAAAAGACGUGGCGACGCCUGCCUUACCAAAUUCACGCCCAAGCUUCCUCCCCAUCUGCGAUUUUACGUAUUCUUCUGCAAGUCCCGCUCGGCCACUCUCCAACACACCGCUUCCUUGCCCUCCUAGUUCCUCCGAUCAGACCACCAGUCGUUCAACACGUGCUGCUGCUUUGAGGUCCGCCUCUUGACUUCCUGUACAUGGCUUGCACUCGGUAGUUCAACAUUUGGGAGGAGAACGGCUUUCUUGGGUUGCAAUUGAUUGCCCUACCACUUCUACACAUUCCCUCUUUAUCUUACCGCCUUGUUCUCCACUUCUUUUCAACGCCAAAGUAUUGCACUGGUUGCGAUUAGUAUCCUUGACGGUGACAGGUACAAUUCGC